CGCCGCCGCGCCGCGCCCGCUCCCCAAAUACACCUUGGCGGCGCCGGGGAGCGGUAGCGGCGCUUGCCUAGAGCCCCUCGGCUGGGCUGCGACUGCGGGCGCUCCGCACCAUGGGGCACAGAUUCUUUCCUGUGGUGAUUUAUAGCUACCAGUAACCUUCCACGGUGGUUACCUUAUCAACUUAGUAUUCUGCCAUCUUCUGCUCUUGUUAGUAAACAGAAGAGAACUAUUAAACACAGAGCUAAGUACUCCUAAUCUCAAGAGAGAAACUUCGUUACAGUAUGUUCUGUACAAAACUGAAAGACUUGAAGAUCACAGGAGAAUGUCCUUUCUCCUUACUGACUCAAGGUCACAUUACUGAGGAACAUGACAAGGACUGCACAGAAAACAGCUCUAGAGCAACUUUGCCCAUCUGCAAAGAAGUCCAUGAAAAAGAUGGUCAAGGAAACAAUCCACAAAGGAAAACAAGCAGAAGUAGAGUGUACCUGCACACACUAACUGAAAGCAUCUGCAAACUAAUCUUUCCUGAGUUUGAAAGGCUAAAUCUUGCACUGCAGAGAACACUUGCAAAGCACAGAAUAAAAGAAGCCAGAAAAACUGGUGAUAGAGAAGAUUUUGAAAAAAUAAUCAGUGAUCAUGCCACUGCAGCAGGUGUUCCCGUGGAGUCUCUACGGGAAUCUCUUGGCGAAGAGCUAUUCAAAAUAUGCUAUGAAGAGGAUGAAUACAUAUUAGGGGUUAUUGGAGGCACCCUUAAGGACUUCUUGAAUAGUUUCACUACUCUGCUGAAGCAAAGUGGCCACAGCCAAGAAGCAGGAAAAAAGGACAGACUUGAAGAUGCCUCCAUAUUAUGCUUGGAGAAGGAUCAGGACUUCUUAAAUGUUUAUUAUUUCUUUCCUAAGAAAAUCACAAGUCUUAUUCUACCUGGUAUCAUUAAAGCAGCAGCUCAUAUUUUGUAUGAAACUGAGGCGGAAGUGAUGCUCAUGCCUCCUUGUUUUCAUAAUGAUUGCACUGAGUUUGCUAAUCAGCCUUAUUUACUGUAUUCUAUACAAGUCAAAAGUGCAAAACCUUCCUUAUCUCCAUGUAAACCACAGUCUUCACUUGUGAUUCCUGCCUCUGUGUUCUGUAAGACUUUCCCAUUUCAUUUUAUGUUUGACAAGGAUAUGUCAGUUCUUCAAAUUGGAAAUGGCAUAAGAAGACUUUUGACCAGGAGAGAAUUUCAAGCUAAGCCCAAUUUUGAAGAGUAUUUUGAAAUUCUUACCCCCAAAGUAAGCUGCACUUUUAGUGGAAUAAUGACAAUGUUAAAUAUGCAGUUCACUGUACGAGUUAGAAGAUGGGAUAAUACUGAUAUGAAACCGUCCAUGGUAAUGGAUCUUAAAGGCCAAAUGAUCUAUAUUUUUGAAUCCAGUGCCAUUCUAUUCUUGGGAUCUCCCUGUGUGGACAGACUAGAAGAUUUUACAGGACGUGGAUUAUAUCUCUCUGAUAUUCCCAUUCACAAUGCUUUAAGAGAUGUUGUUCUGAUAGGAGAGCAGGCCAGAGCCCAGGAUGGACUGAAGAAGAGAUUAGGAAAGCUGAAAGCAACCCUUGAGCACGCCCAUCAAGCACUUGAAGAAGAGAAGAAGAAGACUGUAGAUCUUCUGUUUUCAAUUUUUCCUGGAGAGGUUGCUCAGCAGCUGUGGCAGGGACAAGUUGUACAAGCCAAGAAAUUUAAUAAUGUCACAAUGCUUUUUUCUGACAUUGUUGGAUUCACUGCCAUCUGUUCCCAAUGCUCACCUAUGCAGGUUAUCACCAUGCUUAAUGAGCUUUAUACUCGCUUUGAUUACCAAUGUGGAGAGCUAGAUGUCUACAAGGUUGAGACUAUUGGAGAUGCCUACUGUGUUGCUGGAGGCUUACACAAAGAAAGUGAAACACAUGCUGUUCAAAUAGCACUGAUGGCACUGAAGAUGAUGGAACUGUCAGACGAGGUGGUGUCUCCCCAUGGAGAGCCUAUCAAGAUGCGUAUUGGCCUUCAUUCUGGAUCUGUCUUUGCUGGAGUUGUUGGGGUUAAAAUGCCUCGUUAUUGCCUUUUUGGAAAUAAUGUAACCCUUGCCAAUAAGUUUGAAUCUUGCAGUAUACCUAGAAAAAUAAAUGUCAGCCCAACAACCUACAGGUUGUUAAAGGAAUACCCAGGUUUUGUGUUCACACCACGCUCAAGAGAGGAGCUUCCCCCAAAUUUUCCGAGUGAUAUCCCUGGAAUGUGCUAUUUUCUGGAUGCUUAUAUUCAAGGAACAAACUCACAGACUUGGUUUCAAAAGAGAGAUUUGGGAGAUGGCAAUGCCAAUUUUUUCGGUGAGGAAACAGGAAUAGACUAAAUUGUACAUUCACAAAUGUAUAGAAUAAAUUUAUAAAUAUUUGGAUUUUUUUUUAAUAAAUUGAAAUUUUUUAAAACUGUAUGAAACCUGAAAGCACUUUAGAUUGUUAACACCUGAAAGCCAGUAUUAAAAUUUCAGGAAGUAUGUCACUGACUACUUUUUAUUUUUCCUUUGCAUAAGGAACAUAGUCGCAAAAGCAAUGUUGCAACGUCACUGUUGGAAAUGCUACUAUAAACUGUAUUUUCCCUGUGGUAAUUUGUAAGUACUACAGUUCUCUCUAUACUGGGAAUUCUAGAUGUAUUGUGUAUGCAGUUUGUCAGGAAAUGUAAUGUGCAAGUGAUGCAGCUACAUGCAGUGUUGUGAGCUGGUGCUUAUCAAUGACUAUGAAAAUAUUUUUUCUUAGAAAUUCCGUAAGAAAAUGUCCAUUAAAAUAUUGUCAUUGCCAUCACAUACUCCUUCCAGUCCAUUGUGUGGGCCCCAUCCUAGAAGGCUGCUGACCAUCUUCUCACACCGACUGGUCAAAGUAUGAGGGUGCUCAGCAUUUUCUGGAUCACGCUGCUAAUUGUAGCUAAUACACAUGCACAGCAGAGUUACUGCUUACUGUUUCAUGAACCUUAUUUUGUAUAUAAAAUGAAUAUAGAUUAAAACACUGUAUAAUCACAUACUAACGUCUCUGUAAUCAUCAAACUAUUUUAGUUCAUAGAGUUUUAAAAGUACUUAAAAAUUAUAAUAUCCACUUGUUAUUAUGUAUUACAGCAAUAAAUGUUUUCUUUUUGUUGUCAUUUAAAAUUGAAAUGUUUUAACAGAAUGUAAUAAAGUAUGCUUUGAAAUGUUUGCUUAGAAAUGAAA